CCGCCCGGGCCGGCCUCUCUCCAGCCCCUCUCCGGCGCGCAUAGUCGCGGCUGUCGCUGCAGCCGCCUCCGGAGCUGACCCGUGUCUGGGGACCGGCCCCUCGUGGCGCCGCUCGUUUUCUCCUGUGGCCUUCACUAAGGAUGAGUCCCUGCGCGCCUGUGUGCCCACCCCGCGGAGACUACUGGCGCACUUUCAUCUAGCGACUGGUCACCCUUGCAAUUAUGGAUAUUUAAAAGGAGCAGACAGUGUGGAGGGGGAGUUCCCCUCCUCACUCCCCCUUGGUGCUUGACUCCAGGAAUAAUUUAUAAACUGUGGAUAGUUUUUUUUUUUAAAUAAAGAACUUGUAUUUGAUAUAGACUUUAUAGAGCUAUUUAUAAUUUUUUGAUUUAAGUGCCAAAAUAAAUUGUACAAAGAUAUAUAGUUUUAUAUUAUUGCCGUGAGGAUUUAAAUUAUAAUCCUAAACAGGCCAUUUAUUCUCUAUAAAUCUUUCUGAAUAGCACCUUUGUGUCCUGGCUUUUUCAUUUUUUAAAAUUAGUCUUAACUGACUCUUCUGAAGAAGUAAGCGUAUAAAAACAAUCAGGAUGAAUUCUUCCAUCCCUGACUGCACAUCGAAGUGUCAAUCCCUGAAGCAUGCUUUGGAUGUCCUUUCUGUGGUAACAAAGGGGAGUGAAAACCAAAUUAAGGCCUUUCUCUCCAGUCACUGUUACAAUGCUGCAACUAUCAAGGAUGCCUUUGGCAGAAAUGCCCUCCACCUUGUUUCCUCCUGUGGAAAGAAAGGAGUCUUAGAUUGGCUUAUUGAGAAGGGAGUGGAUCUGUUGGUGAAAGACAAGGAGUCAGGAUGGACAGCUUUGCACAGAAGCAUUUUUUAUGGACACAUUGAUUGUGUUUGGUCUCUAUUGAAGCAUGGUGUUAGUCUGUAUAUUCAAGAUAAAGAAGGCUUGACAGCUUUAGAUCUUGUAAUGAAGGAUAGACCAACUCAUGUAGUAUUCAAAAAUACUGAUCCUACAGAUGUCUACACUUGGGGAGAUAAUACAAAUUUCACCCUGGGUCAUGGAAGCCAGAAUAGCAAACAUCAUCCAGAGUUGGUGGAUCUGUUCUCCAGGAGUGGGGUUUAUAUCAAGCAGGUGGUGCUCUGUAGAUUUCACUCAGUGUUCCUGUCUCAGAAAGGGCAGGUUUAUACGUGUGGUCAUGGUCUUGGAGGACGUUUAGGCCAUGGAGAUGAACAGACAUGCUUGGUCCCUAGGCUUGUGGAAGGACUGAGUGGUCAUAAUUGUUCCCAAGUGGCAGCUGCUAAGGAUCAUACUGUUGUAUUAACUGAAGAUGGAUGUGUUUAUACGUUUGGUCUAAAUAUUUUUCAUCAAUUAGGAAUUGUUCCUCCACCUUCCAGUUGUAAUGUACCCAGACAGAUGCAAGCAAAAUAUCUGAAAGGAAGGACAGUCAUUGGAGUAGCAGCAGGCAGGUUUCAUACAGUGCUAUGGACUAGAGAAGCUGUUUACACUAUGGGACUAAAUGGUGGACAACUGGGUUAUUUACUAGAUCCCAAUGGAGAAAAGUUUGUAACUGCUCCUCGUCAAGUCUCUGCUCUUCAUCAUAAGGACAUCACUCUGUCUUUGGUUGCUGCAAGUGAUGGGGCCACAGUCUGUGUUACCACAAGGGGAGAUAUUUACUUACUUGCAGACUAUCAGUGCAAGAAGAUGGCUUCAAAACAACUAAACUUGAAAAAGGUUCUUGUAUCUGGGGGGCGUAUGGAUUACAAGGUUUAUCCUGAACAUUUGAAAGAAAAUGGGGGUCGAAAUAUUUGCAUUCUUGCAAUGGAUGGAGCUGGAAGGGUAUUUUGCUGGAGAUCAGUAAGCAGUUCUCUGAAGCAGUGUCGAUGGGCCUAUCCACGCCAAGUCUUUAUUUCUGACAUUGCUUUAAACAGAAAUGAAAUUUUAUUUGUCUCACAAGAUGGAGAAGGAUUUAGAGGGAAAUGGUUUGAAGAGAAAAGAAAGAGUUCUGAAAAGAAAGCAGAGAUUUUAUCAAACCUUCAUAAUUCCUCAUCAGAUGUGUCUUGUGUCUCUGAUAUAAAUAGUGUAUAUGAAAGAAUUCGACUUGAGAAACUUACUUUUGCCCAUAGAGCCGUUAGUGUCAGCACAGAUCCAAGUGGAUGUAACUUUGCAAUCCUGCAGUCAGAUCCUAAAACAAGCCUUUAUGAAAUUCCAACUGUGUCCUCCUCAUCUUUUUUUGAAGAGUUUGGGAAAUUGUUGAGGGAAACAGAUGAAAUGGACAAUAUUCAUGAUGUGACAUUUCAAGUUGGCAAUAGAAUCUUCCCUGCACAUAAAUACAUUUUGGCAGUGCGUUCUGACUUUUUUCAGAAAUUGUUUCUUUCAAAUGGUACUACUUUAGACUUUACAGAUGUUUACCGGAAAGAUGAAGAUUCUGCAGGAUGCCAUCUCUUUGUGUUAGAGAAGGUUCAUCCUGACUUGUUUGAAUACCUUUUACAAUUUAUAUACACAGAUACUUGUGACUUUUUAACUCAUGGCUUCAAACCAAGAAUAAACUUAAACAAAAAACCAGAAGAAUAUCAGGGCACUCUGAAUUCUCAUUUGAAUAAAAUGAAUUGCCAUGAAGAUAAUCAGAAGUCAGCAUUUGAAGUUUACAAAAGUAAUCAAGCUCAUACAAUUAAUGAAAAGCAGAAAAGCAAACCCAAAUCUUCCAAAAAAGGAAAAAGUGUUGGAGAAGAUGAUCCUGUAAAAAUGUUGCAAAAUAUUGCAAAGAAAUUUGGUUUCAGUAAUUUGAGUAGUAGGUUAGAUGGAGUCAGAUUUGAAAAUGAAGAAAUUAAUGUUAUUGCCAAGAAUACUGGUAAUAAACAAAAGCUAAAUCAGAAAAAAUGUUCUUUUCUAUGUGAUGUGACCAUGAAAUCAGUGGAUGGAAAGGAAUUUCCUUGUCAUAAAUGUGUUCUUUGUGCUAGACUUGAAUACUUUCGUAGUAUGCUGAGUAGCUCAUGGAUUGAGGCUACCAGUUGUGCAGCUCUGGAGAUGCCAAUACAUUCUGACAUAUUGAAAGUUAUUUUGGACUACCUCUAUACUGAUGAAGCUGUGGUGAUAAAAGAAUCUCAAAAUGUGGACUUUGUUUGUAGUGUUCUUGUGGUGGCUGAUCAGCUUCUCAUAACUCGACUGAAAGAGAUUUGUGAAGUAGCAUUAACUGAAAAACUUACGCUUAAGAAUGCUGCUACACUACUGGAAUUUGCAGCAGUGUAUAAUGCUGAACAAUUGAAACUGUCUUGUUUACAGUUUAUAGGACUGAAUAUGGCAGCUUUACUUGAAGCAAGGUCUCUUGAUGUUUUAAGUGAUGGUGUUUUGAAAGAUCUUUCUGUGUUUUAUAGAAAAAUGGUUCCGGGAAUGGAUAGAAGAGUUAUUACACCAUAUCAAGAUGGACCAGAUAUUAGCUAUUUGGAAGUAGAAGAUGGAGAUAUCUUUUUGAAAGAAGAAAUAAAUAUGGAACAAAAUUAUUUGGAAAGUAUAUUCAAGAAGGCAAAAACGAAAGCAAAAAAGAAGCCACGUAAGCGUUCGGAUAGUUCUGGAGGUUAUAAUCUUUCAGAUAUUAUUCAGAGUCCACCAUCUACAGGCUUUCUAAAAAGUUGCCUGUUCUCUUCCCUCAUCCUCCACACACUUUUUACUGAUCCACUUGGAAGAUUAUUAAAGUCUGGUAAGACCACUUCUGUGGAAUCUCUUCCAGAACUAUUGACAUCAGACUCUGAAGGAAGCUAUGUAGGAGUGGGUAGUCCUAGAGAUUUACAGUCCCCUGAUUUCACAACAGGAUUUCAUUCAGAUAAGAUGGAGGGGAAAAUUAAACCAUAUGUUAAUGGUACACCUCCUGCAUAUUUUAGGGAUGAUUUAAAACCCUGGGAAAAAUCACCAGUAUUUAAAAUAUCUGCUCCACAGUCCAUUCCCAGUAACAGAAUUGAUACUACAGGCUCUUCUAGUUGGGUUGCUGGUUAUUUCAGUCCCGUCAGCCCUCCUGUCGUGGAUCUCAGAACCAUCAUGCAAAUUGAAGAAAAUAGACAAAAAUGUGGAGCUACACCAAAAACAAAUUUGGGCAAAAUGAUUUCUCAUGGAGUUAAACUUUCUCAGAAGCAACGAAAAAUGAUUGCACUGACUACCAAAGAAAAUAAUUCAGGAAUGAAUAGCAUGGAAACUGUUUUAACUACUCCUUCCAAAACUCCAAAACCAGCGAAUGCAUGGGCAUCUUCACUACAUUCAGUUUCAUCCAAGUCAUUCCGGGAUUUCUCAGUAGAAGAAAAAAAAUAUAUUACUGGCCAUAGUUCAGGAGAUCAUGUUAAAAAAGUUUGUUUUAAAGGAACUGAAAAUUCCCAGGCUCCAAAAGUUGUAAGAUGCUCUACUUAUGGUACCCCAGGACCAGAAGGCAACCAUAUUUCAGAUGUACCACUUCUGGACAGUCCCAAUCCCUGGCUAUCUUCUUCAUUGACUGCUCCUUCCCUGGUAGCCCCCGUCACUUUCGCGUCUAUCGUAGAGGAAGAACUACAACAGGAAGCAGCUCUUAUCAGAAGUCGGGAAAAACCCUUGGCUUUGAUUCAGAUUGAGGAGCACGCGAUACAAGAUUUAUUGGUUUUCUAUGAGGCAUUCGGCAACCCUGAUGAGUUUGUCAUUGUUGAAAGGACACCGCAGGGACCACUGGCAGUACCUAUGUGGAAUAAGCAUGGAUGCUAGUUCGCCGUGGACUUGAGAUGUAUUUUUUAUAAAUCAUGAAAGAAAAGCUGUGGAAAAGAGUUCUUACAAAUUUGGUAACAGAUCACUAUAGAUAGAAUAAGAAAGGAUCUAAUUUCUUUGCUGCAGUUUAAGCAUAUAAUGUUUGAUUAAACAGAAAUUCUUCAGAAUUAUGAUUUUAGUAACUUUUUAUGUAAAAAUGUGUGAGAGGAAAAACUGACUAGGUUAAGUUUAAAUAGAAUUAUUUCUUCUGAAUAGUCUUAAAAGGAAAUCAUGAGUGAUUGAAGUGUACAAUUUAAGAGUGAUCAAUUAAAAAUAACUUUCCAUUUGAGAAUGGGGAUAAAUAAUUUAGAAAAUUUUGCCAAAUAUGUGGCAAAAUCUUGCUUUUUAAUGUGACAUUGAUAAGCUUAAAGUAGGUGCAUUAGCUAUUAUUUCUGAUCCAUUAAUGGCCAAAAUUCUGUAUUUGCUUCAAUAGUUAUGUCUCCAUUCUUGUGUGUUUUUUCAUCAGGCUAUGAAUGUUCUAGGUCUGUUUAAAGCUUGAACUGCCAUAUUAUUUCAGUUUGGACAGCACAUUCUCCAUUUUACAUUAAACUGGAGUACAGUGGAAAGGAAAUAUGAACACCAUUCUGAACAGCUUAGUCCAAGAUAAUAGUUCCUUUAUAAGAUUUGGAGUCAUUGUUGGUGGUAUUUUUGGUGAGGAAGGGAGACCGUAUAAAAGCCUAAUUGUGAGAGAAUCAAUAUCUGAAAGUGUUAAAAGUUUUCUAAAAUAAAUGCUUAAUUAUACAUACAGUAAUGGAAUAGUUUGGAAGAAGGUUGGGUUAUAGUUACCUUUACAAUAUUAUAUAGUCAGUAAUUCUCUGAGCCUGGGUUAUCUGAAUAGACAUAAUGUUUUCUUUACAGUAUGCUGUUCAGUUUGUUUUGGAGUCAUUAAAUUCUUUAAAAAUAAAUGUUAAAAUCCGUGCUCAGUACCUAGACAAAUUGGGAAGGUUAAUGUUCUAGUUUCUGGAACAUAAGCCUAGGGGAACAUACACGCAAUUCAUUGCUAUAAUUCAGUUGAUGGAAAUGUGGCUGAAACUAACUCAAUACUUGAGGUUUAGCUCUACUCAAAAGGAGCAAACUUGUAAGCAAAUGUGCAAUAAAAAAUAAUCUUGAUCCAUUUCACUGCUAAUGUCUUUUUGAUAUCUUGUAGUAUGUCAACAUCUAUUAUAGGAGGAAUUACUGAUUAUUCCUCCUCGUAUUAUAUACUAUAGCCAGUGUUUAAGUUGAUGCUGUAUCUAUUCUUUGCUUAAGAAAGGGCAGUUUUCCUAAAAUGCAUUUGUGAAAAGUUUAAUAUUCUAUGUGUUUGAGUAAAUUGAGAAGAAAUUAACUUUA